AUCAAUGUUAUCAUGUAGAAAUAUUUCAAAUUCACAUCAUCAUUGCGGCCAAAGUCAAUCAUCAUCAACGACUGCGAAGCAUCAACGACGACCAAAUUCUCAUUGGACAAUGUUAUCAUCAUCAUCAGUCAUCAUUUUGGCCAUCAUUGUUUCAUUGAUGAUGAAUUGCAGUGUUAAUGGUGGACUAGUCCAUGGACAACAUGAAACCAAAAAAGAAUGGUCUUCAUCAACCUCGACAACGAUACGGCCAAGAUAUCAUACUUUAUAUGCAUGUGAAGGCAAUUCAUUGGAGAUACAAUGUGAACAAGGCACACAUAUUAAUCUGAUACGAGCAAAUUUCGGCCGUUUUUCCAUCUCUGUCUGCAAUGAACAGGGAAAUGUUGAUUGGAGUGUCAACUGUAUGGCGCAUCGUUCAUUUAGAGUCAUCCAAGAAAGGUGUGCUGGUCGUUCCAAUUGUAAAAUAGAGGCAACCGUGGCAACAUUCAAUGAGGACGCCUGUCCUCGUGUACAUAAAUACCUAGAAGUACAUUUUAAUUGUACUAAACCAAGAUCAUUGUUGCCCGGAAGUGUUCAACAACAACAACAACAAUCAGUCAAUCACACCAUUAAUAUUGAUUCUGACAAUCACAGUGACGGAACUGUCAGUCAUGAUCAAAACAAUCAUCCAUCUAAUCAUCAUAAUCAUCACCAUCAUCAAGUAUCAUUUCCACCGGUCGUAUUAUUUCCGGAGCCAAUGCCGCCAUCUAAUGGGAUUGGAUCAACAUCCACGGCAUUACCACCACAUAUUGAUCUAACAUCACAGGAUAUAAAAGAUCAAGAAGAAGCGGUGGAAAAGGCACCAUUAUCGAUUGUCGAUGAACCUGGUCCAAUACAGGUAAAACCGCCAAAACCAAUUGAUUUGUCCGAAGAUUCAUCACAAUCAAUGGACCAAGAUGAUAGUAAUGAUUAUGAUUUGCCGCCAAUCAUUAAAAAUGAAUCAGAUGACGACCCAUCUAAUGAUACUCCAUAUAAUCGUGGAUCAUCAUCAUCCACAAUUGUUUCGCCACCACCACCACCACCACCACCAUCAUCAUCAUCGAAUGCUAUUGUUAAACAACAUCCAUUUAAUAAUGCCGCUCAUUAUCCACAAACACCACAACCAUCGUCUUUCCCAUCGUUGUCCGGCCAACAGGCACCAACAGCGAAGCCACCAAAGCCGGAUAAUUAUGAUCCACCUUAUUCGGAAAAUGAUCCAUCUUACACAUCACAACCGGACGAAGUGUUAUUGGUACCAGUUCCAGUGCCAGUGCCUUCUAUCGAUUUAGUUUAUGAUUAUUGUCGACCAAUGUAUGCUAAAAAUCUUAAUUGGAAUUGGACAAUGGCCGGUAAUGUUUUGCGACAAGCUUGUCCAGUUGGUGCCAAAGGUAUAGCACGAUGGUCAUGUAUAAUCGAAAACGGUGAACCAACAUGGACACCACAUCUGCCAGAUAUGUCUAAUUGUUCCUCACUAUGGAUCGCUCAUCUAUUGGAUCGACUUCGUUCACAAGAAUCAAUAUUUUCAUUGGCCGAAGAAUUGGCCAAAGGAGCUAAAGGGAAAAUUUUAUAUAGUGGUGAUCUAAUCAGUGCUGCCGAUAUUAUCAAACAAUUGGUGAUACGAUUGGAAACAAAAUUGGAAGAAAGUAAAGAUGACCAGGACAGGCGUGCUCAUUUGAUUAAAGAAUUGCUAAACUCUGUCCUGAAUGUUGCCAGUAAUCUCUUGGAAGAGAUACAAAUGGAAUCCUGGCAUGAACUGAAUCCACAUGAUCAACGCUUGGCCAUUCGUACAAUGAUUCGUGCAAUGGAACGUGUCGCUGAACUUUUAGCUGAUGUACGAUCACAACCGAAUUAUAAUUUUGUCCGUACACAUAAUAAUAUCUUGGUCUCUGUCCAUGUUCAUGCACUUGCAUCAUUGGAAAAUGGAAUGCAUCUUCCAUUUGUUCUAUCUCAAUAUGAUUCAUCGGUGCCAUCGAUGUCGGAUUCAACAUCAAAUGAAGUUUCUGUUCACUUACCAUAUGAUGUACUACUUCAACAUGCUAAUGACCAAGGACAAGUAAAAGUCAUCUUUUUAAUGUAUCGACGAUUGUCAAAUUUACUGAAAGUUCGAGCACCAAACACCUACCAUGAUUAUCCGGUUCAUCUGCAGCCAUAUGCUUAUAAACAAUUUUCCGAACGAAAUGAUUUCGAAUAUCCAAUCUAUCAAUAUCAACGUCAUCAUCAUAACAAUGGAAUGUAUCGAUCAAUGCAACAAUCAUCGAUCAAUACAAUUAUUAAUUCUGAUAUUGUUGGCCUAAUAUUGGCCACUGAUUUACAACAUUCAUCAUAUGAUCGAUUACCGGUACCAUUGAAUGGAAUGGUUGAAUUUACAUUUCGCCAUUUACAAACGGAAAAUGUAACAAAUGGUCGUUGUGCAUACUGGGACAUGAAACGUAUCGACGAAGACACAUUUGGUGAUUGGUCUACUGCUGGUUGUGAAACACUUUCAUCCAAUCGUACACAUACAGUUUGUCGUUGUAAUCAUCUGACCAAUUUUGCUGUUUUGAUGGACAUAACGAAUGCGCAAACGAUGGAUGCAAAUGAUGAAUAUGCUUUACGAAUGAUUACAAGGAUCGGUUGUUCCAUUUCUAUCAUAGCAUUGGCAAUCACAUUGCUUACUUUAUCAGUUUACAGAAGUCUAAGUUCGAUUCGAAAUUCUAUUCAUAAACACCUUUGCGCUUGUCUUUUGGUCGCUGAAGUUAUAUUCUUAUUGGGAAUCGAUGAAACUCGUAUUAAAUUGGUUUGCGGAUUGAUUGCCAUCGCAUUACAUUAUUUCUUUUUGGCUUCAUUCCUGUGGAUGUUUUUCGAAGGUCUACAAUUGUACACAAUGUUGGUACAAGUAUUUGAACAUGGUGGUCGCAAUCGUAUGACCAUAUAUUCAUUGGUUGCAUAUGGUUCACCAGCAUUAUUGGUCAUUGUUGCUGCAUUGGUUGAUCCAUUAUCAUAUGGAACAUCACAACAUUGUUGGCUAAGAACAGAUAAUCAUUUCAUAUGGAGCUUUCUGGGACCAGCACUGGCUAUUCUAUUGGCUAAUGCAUUAUUCCUGACAUUGGCCAUCAGUGUCAUGUGUCGACAUGUUCCGAAUUCAAUCAUAACAUCCACGACAUUUGCAACCGUUCAACAGAAACAUCACCAUCACCAUCAGCAGCAGCAGCAACAACAACAACAUCAUCAUCAGCAACAGCAACAACAGCAACAUUUAAAAGUCUAUCCAUCGACAUUGACACCAUCACCAUCGUAUUCGAUCACGGAACACAGUAAAAUGCAUUCGAUCAAAAUUUGGAUACGUACAUCGAUUUCAUUGUUGGUCAUGCUAGGAUUAACUUGGUCGAUUGGUGUUUUCUAUCUAGCACGUCCAACGUUUACAAUGGCUUUCAUAUUCACAUUGUUCAAUUCAUUGCAAGGAUUAUUGAUAUUUAUUUUUUGUUGCAUUUUGAAUGAAAAAGUUCGUGCAGAAUAUCGUAAUAGUCUGGCACGCAGCUGUCGCCGUUGUUUCUUUCUUCGAUCAAUCGAUACGACUUCGAUGGCAUUCGGUGCGAAAAGUUGUUCGGAUUCUACACGUUCCACUUCAUUACGUGAUUCACACCAUUUGAUGAUGAACGGCGGUUCAACACACGGUCAUCAUUUAUCGCAACAGCAUUUAUACAUGCAACAACCGGCUGCUUCCUUUUUAGGUUCAAGAAAUGCUGUACCACGAACUUCAUUGUUGUAUUUGAAUGAAUUACUGGGGAAAACUAGCGAACCACCAACGGUAGCGAAUUCACCAACAACUGAUCAACCAUUGAUACCAAGUCAAAUGAUGCAUUCGACCCCAUCGAUUCAUCAAUUUCAAUGUCCACCAAAUAAUCUACAAACAGACAAUCAACAAACAACAAUCCAACAACAACAACAACAACAACAGCAGCAGCAGCAGCAACAACAACAACAACAACAACAUUUCAGCCAUAGUCGUCUUAGUCAGGCAUUGUCCAGUAUCAGUCAGAUAACCAUGCAAGAUGACGCAUCUUCAUCCGAUUACGGUUGUCGUCGUCUUACGCAGAUGAUUGAACAUAUUUAUGAAUGUAUUGAUGAUGACCCUUAUGUUGCUAAAUUAUUAUUGCCGGCUAUCCAACGAUCAUUGGAUAAUCAUCAGGCACGUGCUCAUCUUUGUCAGGAUGGACAACAAAAUGGUGGAAAUCGUGGACUUACGCCGGCACUGUUGGCCACAUUAAAUCGUGCAUCACAACGAAAUCUAACGCAGAUGCGCUUACAACCGAAUAGUAGUUAUCUAUCGUCGGGUAACCAUCAUUCACAUCAUACUAUUGGACAUGGAAAUAUUGGUGGCCUUCAUUUACCGGCUAUUGUUCGCGAUAAUACGGCCAUGAAUGGAAAAUCAUCAUCGAUUCAAAAUGGAUGUUCAGCGCAACAACAAACUGUAGCAUUAUUGGACGGUGAUCAAGUUCGUUGCUGUACAUUGAAUGACCAUAAACUUUGUGAUCAUCAAUCCGAAAUGAAUGGAACCAACAAUAUUAUUCAGCAAUCUCAACAACUUAUGAAUCAACAACAAAUGAUGAACGUUUUAAAGGGCCAAAACAACAUCACUAAUGGUGGUAAUGGAAAUGGCCAUCAUUUAGCAAGUGAAUGUUGAUGAUGAACUAAUCACUAAACAUUGAUUUUUUUCAUUGACAAAUGUGAUCUUUAUUUAUAUGGAAAAAAUUAUUCCAUUUUCGUGUGUGUGUGUGUGUGUGUGUGUAUGAUAUAUUUGUGAUAUUUUCAUCUCUAAUUUUGUUUUUUUAUCAUAAUCAAGUGAUCGAUUGAUUGAUUGAUUGAUUACCCAUUUAACUUGUACAUACAUUUUGUAAUUGUCUUAUUAUUAUUAUUAUUAUUAUUAUUAUCUUUAUUCAUCACAAUUUUCACAACAAUCACUAAUCAUCACACUUGUUUGUUGGCUUGUUCAAAUUUUUUUUUCUUGAAAUUAACUGUAAAAUAUCCAAUUGUAAUUACAAACAAUACUAAACGCUUAUGAAGAUGAGUAAUAAAUAAUAAAAAUGAAAAAUUUGACCACA